AUGUCUCAAACUACUACUACAGCACCACCAACAACAACAACAACAGAAACAAGUGAACAAGAUAAAGAAUUAUAUGAAACACAAAAGAAUUGGAUACCAUUGGAAGCAAACCCAGAGGUGUUGACAUCGUUUAUGCAUAACCUUGGUGUCUCUGAGAAAUGGCAGUUCUGUGAUAUCUAUGGUUUAGAUCAAGACUUGUUAGAUAUGGUUCCUAAAUCAUGUGCUGCUGUACUUUUAUUGUUCCCAAUCACUAGUGAUUAUGAAGAAAAGAGAUAUCAACAAGAAGAUGAAAUCACUAAAAAUGGUCAACUAGUUAGUGAAAAGGUGUAUUUUAUGAAACAAAUCGUUGGUAAUGCUUGUGGAACCAUUGCUAUCAUUCACUCUGUACUCAACAACUCCAAUGUCAUUGAAUUCAAAGAUGGUUUCUUUAAAAACUUCUUACAAAAAACAUCUUCUCUCAAUGUUGAUGAACGUGCUAAAGCUUUACUUCAUAAUCCUGAAUUAGAAAGAAGUCAUGAAAUUUCAGCCAAUCAAGGUCAAAGUGUAGUUCCAGAUGAAGAUGAACCUGUUAUUCUCCAUUUUGUUGCUUUUGUUAAUGUUGAUGGACAUUUAUAUGAAUUAGAUGGCAGAAAACCAUUCCCAAUUAAUCAUUCAACCAGUUCUAAAGAAACAUUUUUAGGUGAUGUUGUUAAAGUUCUCCAAAAAAUGAUCGAUGAUAAUCCUACAGAAAUUAGAUUUAAUUUAAUGGGUUUGGUUAAAGAAGAAGAAGAGGAAGAGGAAAAGGAAAAGGAAGAAGAGAAAAAGGAAAAUUAG